GGGAAGAAAUGUCCAUCACAAAAUCCCCACGAUCCAUCAUACCACCAUUUAACUAAUUUGUCUUGGCUUUACAACGGUAAACCAAUAAUCCAUUAGGCCAGAGAAGAUCCAGUGACCUUGACUGCGGUCCGUGAACUAGAAGCACAUGGUGGUAGAUAUAAAAUCCAACAGUAAGGUGAUUCCUUCCACAGGAGAGUAGAAGAAGAGAAGAAGGGAGGGACUUUUAGCAGUAAUGGAGGAAGGAGAGGAGGGAGAGGACUACCUCUUCAAGAUAGUGAUCAUUGGCGACUCGGCGGUGGGGAAGUCCAAUCUUCUUUCGAGGUACGCGCGGGACGAGUUCAAUAUCAAUUCCAAGGCCACCAUUGGGGUGGAGUUCCAGACCCAGAGCGUGGACAUCGACGGCAAGGAGGUCAAGGCCCAGAUCUGGGACACCGCCGGCCAGGAGCGCUUCCGGGCCGUCACCUCCGCCUACUACCGCGGCGCCGUCGGGGCCCUCAUCGUCUACGACAUCUCCCGCCGGACCACCUUCGACAGCGUCUCCCGCUGGCUCCAGGAGCUCAGCACACAUUCUGACACCACCAUUGCAAGGAUGCUGGUUGGCAACAAAUGUGAUUUAGAGAAUAUUAGAGAAGUGUCAGUUGAGGAUGGUAAAAGCUUAGCAGAAGCUGAAGAGCUGUUUUUCAUUGAGACCUCAGCCCUAGAUUCUACAAACGUACAGAAGGCCUUUGAGAUUGUUAUCAGGGAUAUAUACAACAAUAUCAGCAGGAAGGCCUUGAAUUCCGAUUCCUAUAAAGAAGAAUUGUCUCUGAAUAGGGUAAGCCUUGGUAGCAAUGGCACUGAUGAGUCCAAACAAAUCUCCAACAGGUUUUCUUGCUGCUAAAGUCGCUUGUUCUAAAUCCAAGAAAUGGUAGAGUGUGUUAAAGAGUGUUCUCAUGGCUGGUCGGUUAAUUCUAGAUACAGAAUGAGUUUUGGUUUUCUUGCUGAAAGUUUGUUAACAGGUUUUUAUAUGUUUUUGCUAGAGCCAAAUUGCCGAGCUGUGUAAAUCAUGGCAUGCACCCGUCAUGGUUCAAUAAGGUUGACUUGUUAUUAGUUUGCUUAUAAUGGAGAGUUGCUUAUCAUUUUGCUUGUUCAAACAUCACGGACUGAUACCACCUUAACUUAAAUGUACAUUUUUGCUUUAAUUUUUAUAUUUUAUAUUAUGCUACUUUGG